AGUUACUCACAUUCGUCCAUCUCACAAAGAUUUCCAGGCUGAAAUGGGAGGGCUUAAGCUCUCCUGUAAGGAUGAAUAAAUAGGUGAGUGGAGGGCAGCCUGUCCAUUGUAUCCCUGUAGUAGACCCUUAGCAAAGCUAGGGUUUGACUCCUGGCAACUGGAAGCCUAAAACCUGGCCCCAUGGAGAGGACAUUUAUCUACUGCCUGGUCAUCAUCUUCUUUGGGACAGUGGCCCCUAAACAGAAUCCCCUAAAUCGCCGCCAAACAAGACUGAUGCAACUUGUACAAAUUGCUAAACAACUGAAAACGUGUGUGAAUGACACGGAUCCUGCACUUCUGUCUACUCCCGAAAAUGUUGAGAAACACUGUGAGGAAUCAGCCCUUAAAUGUUUCCAGGAGGCCCCAUUAAAGCCCCUAAAUAAUGAAGAAAAGAAAAUGAGAUUUGAUGUUUUAAUUAAACAACUCAGAAGGAAACUGCCUCAGAGGGAAGCCAGAAAGACCAAUCCAAAAUGCCCUUCGUGUGAUUCCUUUAAGAUGAAACCACCUCAAGAAUUCCUUAACAGCCUGCAAUCACUUCUGCAAAAGAUGAUUUCUUAUGAUCACCAUUCCAAUCAUCAUCAUUGCCAUGGCCAGUGCACUUAAUAUAUGAAGAUGCCAGAAGCCCUAAGAGAAAGUUGGACACUAUAUUGACGUACUCUAAGUUCUUAAUAUUUUAACAGAGGAAAUACAGUGUAACAGUGAUGGGGGGAAAUGAGUUCAGAUAAGAGUUUAAAAUCAAGAAGAGUUUUCCAAAAUUACUAUCAGAUACAAACCUUCCAUUCUUUUUUCUUUCCUAGAUUUAGUAACUUGAGGACAUGGCCAGCUCAGUUCAUUGCUCCUCAUUACUGAGGGGAUAGAUGGAGAGGCCACAUCUUCUUUACUAUAUUACUUUGCCGGAGUACUGUCACUAGGAGAUGGGGAAGGACAGGAUCACUUUGGAUCUGCCUCUCUCUUUCUUCUUUGGUAACCCUGAUACACAGGAGCUAGGAAAAAUUAUUUUAAAACACAAAACUUUUUUAAAAGAAAAAGAUCUAAUUUUAAAAAUCUUAUCUGAACAGCUUUUCCCCCAUCUGAGUAUAUUUUACAUGUUAAAAAUGUAACUUAUUUAUGUUUUGAGGGAAAUUACUUUUCUAGCUGGCUACUAAGAAUGUCUCUGUUCAUAAAGAUCCAGUGAAAUAUUUAUAUUCUAUGGAAAUGAAGAAAUGUAUUUAUAUUAUUCAUUGUUUUUUCAUAGGAUUAGAUUAUUGUGCCAGCAGAGUAUAAAAUGCCCCCCAACAAAAUCUCUUUGCCAUUUAUAGAUAUAGAGCUGGAAGGGAUUAUAGAAGCCAUAGUCCAAUCCCCUCAUUUUGCAGAAGAGUUCUAGAAAAAAAAAAAAAGCCAAGUGAUAUAUGCUCAGAGCCACACAGUUUGUAACCCUGAGGAAGAGGCUGAACUCAGGUCUUCCUGACUCCCAACUCCAGUGUCCUAUCCACUAAGUUCAAAGAAAAUAUUCUGAUCCAGGUGAGGCUGCCACACUUAAUUUUCUGCCUCCGUCCCAUUCUCCAACAAAGCCACCAUAACGGACAUAGGAGAUGGCAGUCAGCAACAACAUCCCUGGACAACGUGAACUUUGAAGUCUGAUCAUUGAACUCCUAUGGAGCAAAUGUACAAAAUUCCUUGCACAACUUGUGUCUAAAUAGUUUUGGGGAAAGAAAUUUCCCUUUGUCUUAAAUGUCUUAAAUAAUAUUAAGCCAUCCAAACAAGUGUAAUGGCAAACAAGCAGCCUCUUCAUUAAUUUUAUUAAUGAAACUAACUAUAUUUAUAGAAUGGGUUUAUAGUUGAGGAU